AUGCCGUCCUCGCUUCGCUCCGUCUUUUCUCGCCAGAAGCGUGAGAAGUCGUCUACCUCUGACCAGGACUCGACCGAGUCUUGGUCUCUGGAGAGGUACCGUCGCGAGUAUGAGGACCUCGCGCUGGAGAUGAAGAUGGUUCGCCAGUUGGCGCACGCGGACCGACAGGCUUGCUACAACGCGCAGCAUGAUACCAUCAGCUCCCGUAGUAUGCUGCUCGCGGUCCGCAAGGCUUUCAAGGACCUUGAGAACGACCUCGCCAACGGCAUCGACAUUGAUCGCUGCCGCCGCGUCGUGUGGGAGUCCGGCGUUUCCACCCAUGCUACGAAUGAGGUUCACAAUGAACUCAAGAAGCUUCGGGUAACUGUCAAUGGGCUCAAGUCUCGAGCGAAGCAGCUUGCCGCUGAGGUUAAGGAGCACCUCAAGUAG